AUAGUUUAAGUAUUUCAUCCUGAUAGCAUAACAAACAUGAUAUUCCUUUUCUCAACAUACUUUGGUAUUACUGUCCAGAGCUUCAAAUCAUGAAAGCAGAAUUGAUUUUCAUUCCUUUGCCUGCAAUAGGUCACUUGGUGUCAAUGGUACAGUUUGCAAAGCUGCUUGUAAGUUGCAGUGAGGAGUUCUCAAUCAAUUUGCUCCUUUUCAAAUUGCCAUUUGAUGCCAAAUUUAAUUCGUACAUCCAAUCACUUUAUACACAAACAACUAGAGACAUACAAUUCAUACAACUCCCAGAUCCCCAGUUGUCCUCACAACCGGAUGACCCUCUUGCCAUACAAUCUGCAUUGAUCGAUAGCAAUAAGCCCCAUGUCAGAGAUUUUGUUGCUCACCUAAAACAUUCUGGAUCUUCCAAACUUGUAGGGCUUGUCGUGGAUUUGAUGUGCACAAGCAUGAUCGAUAUAGCUAAGGAGUUUGAGAUCCAUGCCUAUGUUUUCUACCCUUGUGCAGCUGCAAUUCUUGGCCUCAGUAUCCUUGUCCAGGGUCUCGUGGAUGACAACCAAGAUACAUCUAAGUACAAAGAUUCUGACCAUGAGCUAUCAGUAUCAACUUAUAUCAAUCCUGUCCCUGCUAAACUAAUCCCUGAAUCAAUAUUUGACGAGGAAGGCAUAAAUCUGAAAAUUGCCAAAAGAGUGAUUGCAGAGACAAAAGGAAUCAUGGUUAAUACUUUUCUUGAACUAGAGUUGUAUGCAAUAAAGGCCCUCACCAGCAAUCCAAAAAUACCGCCGAUUUAUCAGGUAGGACCUUUGAUAAAUGAUGCUGGUAUUAGUAGCAACCAAGAAGAGAUUGAACCCAUAAUCAGAUGGCUUGAUGAUCAGCCUACUUCCUCUGUAAUUUUCUUUUGCUUUGGUAGCUUUGGAUCUUUUGACAGUGACCAAGUUAAGGAGAUUGCUUGUGCAAUCGAGCUUAGUGGAUGCCGGUUCUUGUGGUCUUUGCGACGUCCACCACCUAAAGGCCGUCUUGAGUAUCCAAGCGAGUAUGAAAAUCUUAAUGAAGUCCUGCCAGAAGGGUUCUUAAAACGAAUAGCAGACACUGGAAAGGUGAUUGGAUGGGCGCCACAAGCACAAGUUUUAGCCCACACUGCAGUAGGAGGCUUUGUGACACACUGUGGAUGGAAUUCAGUGUUGGAAAGUGUUUGGUUUGGGGUGCCAAUGGCCGUAUGGCCGAUGUAUGCUGAGCAGCAUAUGAAUGCAUUUUUUGCAGUGAAAGAUUUAGGCAUAGCGGUGGAGAUUAAAAUGGAUUACAUGAAAAACAGCAGUCAAGUUAUGGUGAAAGCAGCUGAAAUUGAGAAAGGAAUUAGACAACUAAUGGAACCAGAGGGCAAAAUCAGAAAAAGAGUGAGAGAAUUGAAGGAGAAAGCAAGAACUAGCUUAAUCAAGGGUGGCUCGUCUUAUAUUUCCUUGGAAAGUUUGCUUCAGCAUUUGUCUUGUUUCAGCUGAUUAAACAGAAACAAUAUGAGGAUUUUGGGAGAAGGUUAUUGUGUAAGGAUUAUUUACAGUCCAAUUGAGCAGUUCAGUGUGAUUACUGAUGGAAUUACUUAUUUGGAAGUGUUUCUAGUGCGAUCUAUAUUCUGUUAUCCAUCCAUAUCUAUAUCCUCACAGAAAAAAAUGGUGAAUAGUAGUUAGUAACAGUGAAUCAUGGUCUCUCAUUUUGACACCUUGAGUGGUUUUGCCCUUUUAUUACUAACUGAUAGGAAUUGCAAAGACUGGAUUUUAAAUCUCAUUAGCUUGUUUUCCUUUAUGUAUUUGUUUUGUUAUGAAACAAUUAAAUAGGAAUGAAUGUCCAUUAAAGUU